AGAGGAAAGUCAGCCUUGUUGUGCUUGUCUAGUGCCUUGUAGCCUGCUGUACCUUUGCUGUCGCAUAUGAACUCGGCUUGUCGAGGCGGUCAAUGGUACUUCGAAGCGCCGGCAUGAUGGCGUACUCUCUAUCCCAGUUCCAAAUGGAAAUACGUUAAGCGACCGUAUCCGGAGCGUUCAGAAGUUAUCGAGCGUGGUUGUGGAGCGAGUGUAAGGUUCGGAAGUGGAAAGUUGAGCUCGGAGCUCCCCAGACGCGUCGGCCUUGGCGCAGUAUCGCGCGGCUGGAACUUUUGUUUGUCCAGAGACUCUUACCUUUACAGACCACCCGACUAUUACCUACCCACAUUCCGAAUCUCUCAAUCUUGCUCGGGGCAGCUCUCUACGAUGCCAAAAGUACUGGGUUACACGCCGGACUGGCUCAGUCGGCCAAACCCAGGCUAUCAUCUGUUUGCGCCGAAGCAGACCAACGGAAAUGGAGUCGCUGCAAAGAAACAGGAACCUGGACCACGAAAGACAAUUGCGACCCGGGGCUCCGAAAUCUUCGUCGCCGUCGGGAACGAAAUACGAUGGGCGGAUCUGGUCAAUCUCAAGGAAGAACAACAACCCGCAUACCGAACACUACGAGUCUCGAUACCUCUACCAAUCACGCGUCUUGCCAUUUCUCCCGAGGAAGACUACCUCGCCGUCUCCACCUCGCACACCGUACACGUAAUACACCUUCCCGACUCGUCGUUGCUUGGAGCCGGCGAGGACGACGGCCCUUUGAAGCCAAAGACGUUCCAGUUGGGACCAACUGUGCAUGUGCUGGAAGAGUCGCCCGUCGCAACAACGCUAUGGCAUCCUCUGGGCUACCAUGGACGCUGUCUGCUCACCGUCACAAAGGCGGGAGUAGUCCGGCUAUGGGAGAUCAACCGCGCCGACAGGUCUACCUUCAGUGAGCCGUCGCUCUCCAUCGAUCUGCCCAAACUCGCAAAUGCUACAAGCGAUCAGGACGAUCUGAGCGCCUCCAAGUUCGGAGCUUCCAAGGGUUUCUCUCCCGACUCGGUGGAGCUGGAAGUUGCAUCUGCAUGCUUUGGCGACUUUCCAGACCAAGAAGGUGUCCAUGGCUGGGCGCCAAUGACGUUGUGGAUUGCUACUGUGCUCGGAGAUGUAUACGCCCUUUGCCCUUUGCUACCGAGCAAAUGGCAGCUGAUCGAAUCACCCGGCAGCCAUACCUUUCUCCAGACCCUGACCUCAUCCAUCAACAUCGCUUACGCUGAGCUGUCCGAGGAUGAUACGUCGCCCAAGCACGAACUGAAGACAUCGGAGAAGCAGGUCUCAUGGCUAUCCGACAUCAUAUACGAGGAACCUCUUGUAGAGGAACGGCCACAGGGUGACACAGUGCAGGUCUUCGCUCGCCCACAAAGCGCGCCUGCGGUGCCGUUGCUACAGGGGCCUUUCACCAUCUCGCCCGAAGUAGACGAUUUUGAGCUCAGCGACAUGAUCGUCUUCUCCCUCAAGACCCUUUCGGAAAGCGAAGAGGACGAGGCUGCAGAAGGUCUUCCUACUGCUGUUGUGUGCUUGCUCACAGACACGAGCAAGGUACAUGUCUGCCUAGACCUUGAGGGUAUCAUUGGGCGAUGGCUACCAUCUCCGGAAGACGAAAUCGAUGCCAUAAUAACCACCGAUCAUGAGUUGAUUAUCGCGGAAACCGUCACAUUGGUGGAAGGCGACGAUCCUUCAUUCAAUCAAAACAUCACGCCGGAUGUGCAUACCGACUUCUCAUUCUUCGUAUCGCAUGCCAGUGGAGUUUUCUACGUUUCCAUGGAGCCUUGGGUCAGGAAGCUUGAGACGGAACUCUCCCAGCCGCAGACCGAGGGCUCGCCUUUCCGUAUCAAGCGUAUACUGGAAUCGGCGAACACCGUUGUAGACCAAUACCUACAGCGACGCGUAUCCGGCGACCUGGCGGAACAGGAAGUGACCGCAGUUGCUGUCAUUGAAGAUGGAAACGUGGGCUACCUUCUUCUUACCACUGUAGACGGUGAGCCUCAGGCUGCCCUACUUGAUGCGCCUGAAGACGGUCUCCCUACCCAGGAAGAGCUUGCUGAAUACAUGGCAAUCACCGGUCCUACCAAGGAAGUACGUCAGGCGUGGCAGCCAUCAAAGGAACUCUACGAGCCGUUCGAUCUCUAUGGAUCUAUCAACAUUCCCGCGCGACACAGAGGCGCUCUUAAAGAUGAAAUCAGGUUAUCUCCUGCAAACUUGGGGCUCCUCAUGGAUGUCCAUCGCGUACUCUCUGCACAGACGUCUAAACUCCAGCUCGCCGUAUCCGAUCUGUUCAACCGCGCGACACGACUCCAGGAAGAGUUCAGGGAUCAAAUAUACAGGACGUCUGAGAUUGCAACGAACAUCGACAGCGUCACUGGUAAUGACCAAGCCGGCUCGGAGAACGGAUCGACAUACGGCAGCGCCAACAUAGACGACCGCAUGGAGAAGGCUAUAGCGCGACAAGAUCGUAUCAAUGCUCGCUACGAAGCCCUCCGACGGAAGAUGGUCAGCAUCGGCUCCAGUGAGCUCAGCGAAAAAGAGAGCAACUGGAUUGAAGAGUUACAAACUAUGGACAGCGCCAUUGACCCCUCGAGCGAGACGUUGACUGACAAUGUUGACGGUAGCGAACACCCCGCCUGGCAACGUCUCGACAGGAUCAAGGAGGUACACAAGGAGCAGGCGAAGCAGAUUGAAGCAGCCAUGCAGAACGCCAAACAAAGAAGCGAAAGCGAACAAGCAAGAAGUACUGGUGUCAAAGUACCAAGUCAUUCAAGGAAGGCGGAAAAUGAGCAGGUACAGGAGUUGAUACAGCGGAACGACUUCCUAGUAGAGGCUGCUGUGGACAGGCUGAGGAGUCUGGGAAUCAACGUACCUGUUGAAGGUGGGAAUUAGGUGUGCAGGAAGUGUGACGUUCACACGUUGUUGUUGAAAGUUCAGGUUCUUGGGUAUGGUCGCAUGAUGAAGAGAUUAUAGAAUGAAUGUCUCACAGUUUUGGUAUGACUAUCAACUUAGCGAUAUUUGUGCUCAUCGACUUGCAUAUCAUGAAAUUCACGAGCUUGAAUCAUCUCCACUUCCCAAGGGCGAGAAUAGGAUGCGGCAGGCUAAAAAGU